AUGCUCACCCCCAGCUCCUCUCUGAUGCCAGAGCAAACCACGGGAGCAGCAGGAAGCCUCCAGAACCUGAAGAAAUUUAACAGCCAGGACUUCAGAGACCUGAGAGCCUUGUGCCUGAGUCAAGGGCUGCUCUUUGAGGAUGCCACCUUCCCUGCUCACAUCAGCUCCAUUGGUCCCACCCUGCUCCCAGAGGAAAAGCUCUGGCAGAUCCAAUGGAAGAGGCCAACGGAAUUUCAGAGAAAUCCUUAUUUGAUCAGAGAUGGAGUUAGCAGAUUUGACAUCAUGCAAGGAGAAAUAGGUGACUGCUGGAUGCUGGCUGCCCUGGGCUCCCUGACACUGAGAAAACACUUUUUGGAAAAUGUUUUACCCAAGGACCAAGGAUUCCAGGAUGAUUAUGCUGGGAUUUUUCAUUUCCGGUUCUGGCAAUAUGGAGAAUGGGUGGAUGUAGUGAUAGAUGACCGGCUGCCAUUCCUAAAUGGAAGAUACCUGUCUGUACACCCCCGAACUUCAAAUGAAUUCUGGCCAUCCCUGCUGGAAAAAGCUUAUGCCAAGCUACAAGGCUCCUACCAGAACUUGAAUGGAGGUUACCUUUCAGAUGCUUUAGUAGACCUCACAGGUGGAGUCCAAGUGCAGUUUUCAUUGAAGGACCCACCUCCUGAUCUGGAGGAGAUCCUGAAAGCAGCUGACAAAUCUCGGUGUCUCAUGGGGUGCAGCACCUCAGGCCAGUCAAGGAGGAACAUAGAGCUGAGGAAUGGGAUUGUACAGGGCCAUGCCUACACCAUCACAGGAGCUGUGAAGAUCCCUUACAAGAAUGGCUGGAAACAUAUCAUCAGGAUCUGGAAUCCAUGGGGCCAUGGGGAGUGGAAGGGGCCCUGGAGUGAUAAGUCUCCUCAAUGGGACCAUGUUGAGCCUAAAUACAGAGAAGCCCUCCUCAGAAAUAAGGAUGAUGGAGAAUUCUGGAUGUCCUGUAAGAACUUCCAGGAGCAGUUUUCAUGGCUGUAUAUAUGUAACAACACCCCAACAUUUCUGGACUUUGGAGAUGAGCCCUACACAACGUGGUCUCUGAACAGCUACACCAACCUGUGGAGGCCAGGCCUUCCCACCAGGAGGAACCGCUAUUCCUCAGGUGCAGCUUCAACAAACCCUCAGUAUUUUUUCAAAGUGCUAGAUCACAACCCAAAAACCUGUAAUGUAGCAAUUUCACUCAUGCAAAAACACGCUGAGCAUGUGCAGGAUGAAAAAAACCUGAAGAUUGGCUUUUUCAUUACCACGGAGAACUCCAGAGUUCUGAAGCAAAUCUUUCUCCGGAUUCGAGAUGUGACCAGCUACUUUAUCCUGAGCCCAGGAACCUAUGCCGUUGUUCCUGCUGCAACAGAGGACCAGGAAUUCGAAUUUCUCUUACGAAUUUUCAUAAAGAAUCAAGACUACCAUGAGAACUCAAACUCCCCGACCAGCCCAGUGCUGUCAAUGGAUGUACCAAGACAGAACCAGGACAUCUCCUAUAAGGCUCUUUUCCUAAGAUACGCUAAGCAGGGCUCAACUAUUGAUGCCUCGCAGCUGCAACAACUCCUUAAUGAAGUGAUCUUGCAAGAUGAAAUGACCAGCCUGGGAGGGAGAUUCAGCUUUGAUUCAUGCAGAGGCAUUUUAGCUCUGAUGGAUCUCAACUCGAACGGAAGACUCACCCUGCAGGAGUUCGGGAGCCUCUGGCGAAGUCUCACUAAGUACAUGGAUAUCUUCUUCAAGGAAGACAGAAACCAUUCUGGAUUUCUUGAUGUUGCUGAACUGAAGAAUGCGAUACAGGCAGCAGGUCUGGCCAGCGACGCGCAGCUGCUGCGCCUGAUGAUGCUGCGCUACGGCGAUGCCUCCGGCAGGGUUGGCUUCUCCGACUUCGUGUGCUGCAUGCUGCGCCUCGACACCAUGACCCAUGCAUUCCAAAACUUAGCAGAGGGUGGAUCACAAAUUUUGAUGACAGCAAUGGAGUGGCUGACUCUUGUCAUGUACACCUAG